ACCAACAUUAGGGCAUCAGAAAGAACUUCUCGUUUGGGGAAUCGCCUGAACCGCUUUAUGCGUUCAAUAUCCACGCUCAGCGCAUUAAAAGUUGACCAAAUAUGAGUGCCCGCAUGCAAUUUCCGCUCUCUCAGCGACGCCACACGAACGUGGCGGUGGUGCGCUACACACAAAAAGGAGUGCGAUUAGAAAUAGCAUGUUAUAAAAACAAGGUCGUCUCCUAUCGUAGUGGGACUGAAGACCGAUUAGAUGAGGUACUGCAGGUGGAUCGCAUAUUCUCCAACGUUGCGCGAGGCCAUGUGGCCUCUGAAAAGGAUAUCCAAACUGUUUUUGGCCCCAACCUGUCGAAUAAAGAGGCCAUCAAGUAUAUGUUGAUUCACGGGGAGCUGCAGGUCGCCCAGCAUGAGCGCACAGCCGAGGUGGACGAAAUGUUCAAGGACAUUGCACUCAUUAUAUCUCAGAAAUGCCUUAAUUCCAACACGCAAAGGCCCUUUCCGUGCUUUGUGAUUGAGCAGGCCCUGAAGGAAAUUGGGGUGGGGGUGAAGCUGGAUCAACCGGUCAAGAAACAGGCGCUUUCUCUCAUCCACCAGCUCGUCGAGUCUCAGAUUAUCCCUAUUAGCCGCGCGAACAUGAAGCUGCGCUGCUCCACAAAAACCGCCGCGGCGAUGGAAAAGUUGAGGGCCUGGUGUGAUGCCCAUAACGCGCAGAUCGUGGAGGAAGUUGUGAAACCGGCCCCUGCCGAGAUGGAAUCCUCCACCGAUGAAAACGCGAGCGGGGAAAUUUACUCCGCGCUGGUUCUAAUACAGCCUAACUUCUAUGGUGCCAUUGAGGGCUUCAUCAAGAGGGAACUUCCAACGGGAAGUACCGUCCACGUUGUGGAAGCCUCUGUGAUCGUCGCCGGCGAAUGUGAUGGGGCGAAUUUUAUGGCCGCCAGCAAGGCUCUAUCCUCUGCCGUCUCAACGGCGUGCUCAGGGAUCGAGGUGAAUUCCAGGCCACAUGGGAACUACCAAAGCUCCAAGAGUUUUGACGACGCCUCAAAUGACUUUCAAAAAGCUGACAAAGACACGGGAGCGAAACUUAAACAUGGAAAAGGUAAUAAAGGUACCAAGAUGAAACAUGGGAAAAAUGUCGCCCCCGAUGAAAAACUUGAAGCGAACUUCCACAAGGACAAAAUGACAAGGAUCCUUAUCAAACCAGACGCUAACGAGCAUGAUAAGAUGGUGGGGGAUCUACAAAUGAAAACGAGCUGUGGCGUAAACUCAAGCACUGGCGAAAAUGAAGAGGGUGAUAAGAUUGUACACGAUGAAGAACAUGCCAAGAAUUUUGGAACUGUGAGAGAUGAGUUAGUGGUGCAGCUGCAGCAGUUGGGUCUAGAUCCUGUAGUGGAUUUGACUGCCAAUGAUAAAGAAGAUAACAGGCGAAACAAAGGAAAGAAGAACCCCAAUAAACGAAAGACUAAUAAGAAUGACAGUAACACAAAUAGUAAAAAAAAUUCUAGCAUGCCAAUACAAGAAGAAAACAUCGAUAGCGACGAAGAGUUGGAAGGCAAUCGAAAGCAGCGCAAGAAGAACACGCAAAAAAAGAGUGACAACGGCAUGGAAAACGAUUUUGAUGAAGAAAAUUUUGACUAUUGGGAAGAAAUUUAA